GAAUCGGAUCGCGAGGGACAGGAGGUGACAGAGCCGCUCGCGCGCGCCCCAGUGUCGUGUGCCCAGGGUUCGAGCGAGCGAGCGCGUGGGUGGGUGAGGCUCCUCCGGCCUCGAGACUCCGGCCUCACGGAGCGACGGAGGCUCUAGGAGGAGAUCAUCCCGGCCGUGAGAUGUCGCGUCGUAGAGGGGCCGACGAGCCGCGGGGACACCCUGCUGCCGCUACCGAAGGCGUGGAGGUGGAGUCCCCUUCUCUGCCCAUGGAGCCGCUGGUGAAGCGAGAGGAGGAGGAGCCGGGCGGUGAGAUGUGGCCGCCCGUGAAGGCGGAGAGAGAAGACGCCGGUGGCCCCCAGGCCUCUCCUUCUGCCUCCCCUUCCCCAGACCACAGGGAGCCCCUCCGCAUUAUCAAGGUCAAGCCGGAGGAGCUCGAAGUGCGAGGAUGGGGCACCGCCGACCCCGCCGACCCCGCCGACCCCAACGGGUGGGGCCCUGACGCCCGUGGCCACGCCGCCGCCGGGUGGGGCCCUGACGCCCGUGGCCACGCCCCCGCCGUGACGCGCCACCGGGAGGAGACGCGGCGACCGCGCGGAGGCCGGGCGGGAGAUGUGGCGGAGAUCGAGGUCGAGGUGGAGGAGGAGGAGCGAGGGCGGCCGCGUCCCCCCAGGCCUCGGGCCAAGCGAGUCUUCCUCAGCCUCGGGCAGAAGAUGGAGGUGCUGCGGGCGAUGGCGUCUCCGGGCGGACGGCCGCUCCAGAGCAUCGCCGCCGACUUCAACGUCGGCUACACCACGGUGCGGGACAUCCGCGACAGCGCGCCCAAGAUCGCGAGGCUCUUCGGCGAGCUGCAGGGCACCGGGGCGGCGAGGCGCCGUGUGGCCGGCGGCCGCGGCGCCGCCGCCCCGAGCGAGGCCGUCGACCGCGAGCUGCACGCCUGGCUCCUCGAGCGGCUCGCCAGGGGGCACCCCGUCAGCGGCCCCAUGCUGUGCCACAAGGCCAGGGCCCUGCACCAGAGGCUCCGGGCCGCCGCCGCUGUUGUCGCUGGGGGAGGGGGCGGAGGGGGAGGAGGAGCGUCCGAAGAGCCUUUCGUGGCCAACCAGGGGUGGCUGCGCUCCUUCAAGGAGCGCCACGGCGUCCGCCGGCUCUCGGCGGCCGCCGGCGACGGGGCGCCCGGCGCCGACGCGGAGGCCGCCGGGGCCUACGCGGCGCGCUUCCGGGCCCUGGUGGAGGCCCGGGGCCUGGGCCCGUCGCAGGUGUACGACGCGGACGAGACGGGCCUCCUGUGGAAGGCGCCGCCCCCCAAGGUCCUCGCCCGCCGGGGCAGCGGCGCCGGUGGGCGCAAGGGGCGCCUCGCCCUCCUGGCCUGCGCGAACGCUUCGGGCACGCACCGCCUGAGGCUCGCCUGCGUGGGCGAGUCGCGGCGGCCGCGGGCCCCGAGGGACGCGGCCGCGGCCCCCCCGCCGCCCGUCCGCUACUACGGGCGGCGGGGGGCGCGGCUGGACGGCGCCACGCUCGGCCGCUGGUUCUUCGGCCGCUUCGUGCCCGAGGUCCGCCGGCGACUCCGCCGUCGGGGCCUCCCCGAGCGCGCCCUCCUCCUCCUCCUCGACGACGGCCGGGCCGGGCGGGCCCCGCUGCGCACCGCCGACGGGGCCUUCGCCGCCGAGCUCCUGCCGCCGGGCGUCGCCCCGCCGAUGCGCCGGGGUGGGGCGCUGGCGCUGCUCAAGCGGCGGUACCGGAGGGACCUGCUGGGGAAGCUGCGCGCGGCGGCCGCGGCCGCGGUCGCCGGCGACGGCGGCCGCGGCGGGGACCCCCGCGAUGUCGCCGGCCGCUUCUGGGGCGGCCUCACGGUCGGGGACGCCCUCGUCGGCGUCGCCGCCGCCUGGCGCUCGCUGCGGAGCGACGGCCUCCGGCGCUGCUGGCGGGCGCUGUGGCCGGACGGGUUCCACGACCCUCCGGCUCCGCCCGCUGCCGCCGCCGCGUCGGAGGCACGGGGGGGCGGAGACGGCGGCGGAGACGUUAGAGAUGACUACGGCGGAGACGUUAGAGACGACUACAGCGGAGACGUUAUAGACGGUGGCGGAGACGACUACGGCGGAGACGUUAGAGACGACGACGGAGACGUUAUAGACGGUGGCGGAGACGUUAGAGACAGUGGCGGAGACGUUAGAGAUGACUACGGCGGAGACGUUAGAGAUGGCGGGGGAGACGACUACAGCGGAGACGUUAGAGAUGACUACGGCGGAGACGUUAGAGAUGGCGGGGGAGACGACUACAGCGGAGACGUUAGAGACGACUACGACGGGGGAGACGACUACGGCGGAGACCGGUCCCAGGCUGCGGAGCUCGGGCGUUUGGCCCUCGAAUGCCUGGAGCUCCUCCGCGCCGUGCCGGGCUGCGACGGCGCCAGCCUCGAGGACGUCACCGAUUGGCUCUCGUCGAGGGACUCGUCGGUCCGCGCGUGGCACGAGCGGACCGACGACGAGGAUGAGGAUGAGGAGGAUGAGGAGGAUGAGGAUGAGGAGGCGCUGACCGACGGAGGCCACGGAGGCCCCGCGGCGGCGUGGAGGCGCGUGGCGGCCACGAGGGCCUGCGACACUCUCCUCGACUACCUGGACAAGGAUCCGCUGCCCGAGUUGGAGCAGAGGAAGCUCCUCCUGCAGAUCAUGCGGAACGAGAUUCAGCAGACGCCAAGCGCCGCCAACGGUGUUUAGCGGGGACGGGGCCCCCGGGGCCUGGCCCCGGUGGAUCGUGGGUCAGAGAUGGCCGGGCCUGAAACGAGGCUCAAAAGAAAGCUGCCUCUGGUGUGGACCAAUCAGUUUCAAAGGCAAUGCAUCAUCAUCGUAUACUACCAGAGUGUGUGUGUAGUGUGUAGUGUAUAGUGUAGUGUAAUA